AUGAGCUUCGUCGGCGGAGUGGGGCCAGCCACUUUAGCAGGCUCAGCAAGCAGCGGCAAUGGUGACAUAAAGCUUUAUACGAACAAGAAAGAGCAAGCGCUUUACGAAAGUUAUGCCGAUCUGUAUGCUAUUAUAAAAACAACUGAGAAGCUGGAGAGGGCAUUUGUCCGGGAUGCCAUCGACGCUGGGCGGUACGAGGAGGCCUGCGGAAAGCUCAUAGGCCAGUUCAAAGUGCUGUGGGCGUCUAUGAAGGAUACGGUCCCUAAUGUGGAGUCGUUCAUGUCGGACUACAACAUGCAGUGCCCCAUGGCCGCCACCCGGCUGCUGCACUCGGGGAUACCCGCCACCGUGGAGCACAGAACUAAGCCCAGUCUAACCAGCGAUCCCGAGGCGCUUGGUGUCGCUGAGACGGUGGAGCACUUCAUCACCGCCAUGGACUCCUUGAAACUUAACUUGGCAGCCGUGGACCAGAUCUGCCCCAUCCUGCUGAACUUGAUCAACAGCAUGGACAAAAUCAAGUCGCUGCCAGCUGACUUCGGGCCCCGCGCCAAGGUGAUGUCCUGGUACAAGAAGCUGUACCAGAAGCCCGCCAACUACGAACUGCCAGAGGACGAUGUACGGCAGCUCAUGUACGAACUAGAGGCGUCGUACAAUACCUUUCUUGCGACGUUGCGGAAGAAAUGA